AUGGCUCCGCCCAGGGUGCUGCUCAUCGCGGGCUCCGACAGCUCCGGCGGCGCCGGGCUCGAGGCGGGCCAAAAGGUUCUCGCCGCGCACGGCUGCUACGCCAUGACGGCGACGACGGCCCUGACGGUGCAGAACACGACGGGCGUCAAAGGCAUCCACGUCGUGCCCGCUGACUUUGUGGAGCGCCAGAUCGAGGCGUGCCUCGAGGACGUGGGCGCCGAUGUCAUCACGACGGGCAUGCUGGCGGCUGCAGAGACCGUCGAGACGGUCUCGAGACAGGUGCAGAAGCACAAGGCUCGCGCUCUCGUCGUCGACCCGGUCAUGGUCUCAACAUCGGGUGCGCAACUGCUCCCCCACGACGCCAUCCAUGUCCUUUCGCAACGCCUUCUGCCGCUCACCACGGUGCUCACGCCCAACAUCCCUGAGGCGAAGCUCAUCCUCGCCGAGAACGGCGCCGGCGACAAGGAAGAGCACAUUCGCUCUGUUGCCGACGUCGAGGCCGUGGGCCGGCGCAUCCAGGCUCUCGGCCCCGAGUGGGUGCUUGUCAAGGGCGGGCACCUACCCUUCGCUACCGCCGACAUGACUGUCGCUCAGCCCGACGCACGGGAAAAGGUCGUUGUGGACACGCUCGUCGGGCCCGACGGGUUUGUGAUGCGAGUCGAGAGCCCCUGGCAGGAGAGCACGAGCACCCACGGCACCGGCUGCUCGCUCGCAGCCGCCAUCUCAUCCGGCCUGGCUGCGGGCAAGGACGUCCCCGCCGCCGUCCGGGCCGCGUGCCGAUACGUCGAAGCCGGCAUCCGCGAGGCACCUCAGCUCGGCAGCGGUCACGGGCCCUUGAACCACUUUCAUUCGACCUUUAACCUGCCAUUCUCACCGGGUUACUUUAUCGAGUACCUCCUGGACCGGCCCGACGUCAGGGACGUCUGGAAAGAGUUCGUCUACCACCCGUUCGUCAUGGCUCUCGGGGACGGCACACUGCCCCACGAAUCCUUCAAGGGCUACAUCAUCCAGGACUAUCUUUACCUUAUUCACUUUGCCCGCGCCAAUGCUCUUGCCGGGUACAAGACGACAGAUAUCACCGACAUUGCGAGGUCUAGCGAAUCCGUCGGGCACAUCAUGCACGAGCUGAAACUACACAUAAGCUACUGCGAGUCCUUCGGUAUAUCCGUCGCCGAGAUGCGCGCCACGGAAGAGAAGCAAGCCUGCACCGCAUACACGCGCUACGUGCUCGACAUCGGCCAGAGCGAAGACUGGCUCGCCCUGCAGAUGGCCAUCGCACCCUGCCUCCUCGGCUACGGCGCCGUCGCCAAGAUGCUCCACGCUCACCCCGAUACCCGCCGUGACGGCAACACCUUCUGGCCCUGGAUAGAGAACUACAUUGCCGACGACUAUGUCGCCGCCGUGAAGCUUGGUUCCGAAGACAACAUGAGACGGCAGGCGCCCUCUCGUGUGGAGGAACUCGUCAAGAUAUUCAUUCAUGCCCUCAAGAUGGAGAUUGGGUUUUGGGAAAUGUUUCCUUACAAAUAG